UUGGGGGGAAGCGAUGCACUUUGCCUGUGGGCAGUGUUGCUUUUAGAGCAAACAUGUAUUGUGCCUACCCGGUACCUGGAAUGAACAGCAACCCUUUGAUGUAUUAUUACAAUGGGAAAACGGUUUACGCGCCAUCUCCUAAUUCUGAUGACUUCAACAGAGAAUCGCCAAGUUACCCAUCUCCUAAGCCACCCAGCAGUAUGUUUGCCAGCACUUUCUUUUUGCAAGAUGGGACCCACAGUGCUUCUGAUCUUUGGAGCCCUUCUAAUGGGAUGAGCCAGCCUGGCUAUGGCGGAAUGCUCGGAAGUUCCUCGUCUCACCUGUCGCAGUCAGGCAGCUACGGCAGCCUCCAUGCCCACGACCGCUUGAGCUACCCCCCACAUUCAGUCUCGCCCACAGAUCUCAACAACAGUCUUCCUCCAAUGUCCAGCUUCCACCGGGGCAGUGCCGGCAGUUCCUCAUACGUGGCAACCUCUCACACCCCACCUGUCAAUGGAUCAGACAGCAGCAACAUCCUGGUGAACAGAGGCAAUGCUGCAGGAGGCUCACAGACUGGGGAUGCCCUGGGGAAGGCUUUGGCCUCCAUUUAUUCCCCGGACCACACCAGCAGUAGUUUUCCAUCAAAUCCGUCGACACCGGUUGGAUCACCAUCACCUCUCAGUGGUGCCGGCCAGUGGUCGAGGGCUGGAGGACCGGCCCCUUCGUCCCCAAACUAUGAGAAUUCUCUGCACUCCUUGAAAAACCGAGUUGAACAACAGCUUCACGAGCAUUUGCAAGAUGCGAUGUCCUUCUUAAAGGAUGUCUGUGAGUCCCGGAUGGAGGAUCGCUUGGACAGACUGGACGAUGCCAUCCAUGUGCUGCGGAACCACGCGGUGGGGCCUUCGACGAACCUGGCCGGGGCCCACGCAGACAUACACAAUAUACUGGGACCAUCCCACAAUGGGCCUGGGAGCAAUUUGAGCUCGAAUUACGGAGCAUCCAGUCUCAUCACGACCAGCCGGCUGGUAAGCGGAGAUGCCUCUCACCGAGAAGACAGUGUCAGCCUCAGCAGCAGCCACUCUGUCCUGCCCAGCACAGUUCCUGCUCCAAAUGCAGAACUCAACCAUAAAGCACAAGAAAGCUACAGAGCGCUGUCAGCGGGGUUGCCGAGCCAGUCCGUCGCGUUGGGUCCAGCCGAAAUCAAGUCGGAGCACAAGGAGAAGGAUGAAAACGCGCACGACCCUGCCUCCUCCGACGACAUGCGGUCCGACGACGAGUCAUCCCAGAAAGAUAUCAAGCUCUCAUCCAGAGGCAGGACGAGUAGCACUAAUGAAGACGAGGAUUUGAAUCCGGAGCAGAAGCUGGAGCGGGAGCGGGAGAGGCGGAUGGCCAACAACGCCCGCGAGCGCCUGCGGGUCCGAGACAUCAACGAGGCAUUCAAGGAGCUAGGCCGGAUGUGCCAGCUGCACCUGAAGAGCGAGAAGCCCCAGACCAAGCUGCUGAUUCUCCACCAGGCCGUGGCCGUCAUCCUCAGCCUGGAGCAGCAAGUCAGGGAGAGAAACCUAAACCCCAAAGCAGCCUGCCUUAAAAGAAGGGAAGAGGAAAAAGUGUCUGCCGUAUCGGCGGAGCCACCAUCCACCCAUCCAGGAAGCCACCCUGGGCUUAGUGAAACUACCAACCCUAUGGGUCACAUGUGAACACCAGCCAG